UCUACGAUUGGCCAUUAACUUGGUCAAAGGCGGAACCUUUGUUGACGCACUUUGCUGCCUUUAAAUCAGCGCGGGAGCUUGGACAGUCAGACACCAGAACUCAGAAAUAUUCAGACAAGGGUGCUGGAGACACUUCAGAUCCUUAUAAGGGUCCAUCAUCAUCAUCUUGUCUCACUGGUUGUCCACGUGCAGCUACAAACCCAACCCCUGGACCUCAUGACAUCUCCCAAUCAAGGGCAGCAGAUCCAACUCAACCUGUGCUGAGGAUGUUUCCCAAGACCACACAAGGUCAGAAAAGAAGGGCAUUCAACCCGCAGUGGUACAGCAAGUAUUCUUGGUUAGAGUACUCUGUUAGCAAAGAUUCAGCUUACUGUUAUGCAUGUAGACAUUUCUCACUCCCUUCAGCGUCAGAAUCAGUAUUUACGUCCCAGGCAGGUUUUUCACAUUGGAAGAAAGCGCUGUAUAAAGAUGGAGGCCUUACACUGCAUGACCGGUCUGACAGUCACGUUAAUGCAAUGUUUGCUUGGCGAGAAAAUAAGAAUCGUAUGCUGUCUGAUUCUGGGUUAAUGGAUUUAAUUGAUCAAGAGUACAAAAGAAAAGUUGAGGAGAACAGGAGAUACAUAAAAACAAUUGCAGAGGUUCUGUUGUUAACAGCAACUCAGAAGCAGGCUCAGAGGGGCCACCGGGAGUCAGAGGACUCUGACAAUAGGGGGAAUUUCAUAGAAACUCUAACUGUGAUUGCUAAUCAUGAUGCCCUUAUAAGUGAGAAAAUGAGGGAAAAGGGGAAUGCAAAGUACACAUCUGGAGCCAUACAGAAUGAAAUUCUGGAGUGUCUUGCAAACAUGGUGAGGGAUGACAUUGUAAAGGAGGUGAAGGAGAGUGAGGUUUUCUCAGUAAUUGCAAAUGAAAGCAAAGACCUCCAGAAAAAGGAGCAGCUGUCGUUGGUAGUGAGGUAUUACUACAGUGGGGCUAUACAUGAAAGUUUCCUUGACUUUCAGCAUGCUCAGGAUUUGGAUGCUAAGGGACUUAGUGAUAAAAUCAUACAAUGCCUUGAAAAAUAUGGGCUCAAUUACAAAGAGAACCUGAUUGGGCAAGGCUAUGAUGGAGCAGCUGUGAUGAGUGGGAAACACUCGGGUGUGGCAGCCAGAAUUCAGGCAGAGGCUAAACAGGCAUUUUAUGUCCACUGUAAUGCCCACUGCCUGAAUCUAGUCUUAGUGGACACAGUGAAGUCAGUGGCAGAGGUAGAUUGUUUCUUCACCCUCCUCCAAAUACUCUAUGUGUAUAUGACCGGGUCCUAUGUACAUCAAAAAUAG